AUGGUUGAUAUAGCUAAACUUGAAAGUGAUGCACGUAAACAUGCAUCAAAAGCAGUUGAUCUUGACUCCAAAGGUAAAAGUGAAGAUGCUGUAUUUUUCUAUGUUGAAGCUGCUCAAGCUUUAAUUAGUGUACGAGAACAAUUAGUUUCUGAUCGACAACAAUCAAAAAGUUCAUCAUCAUCAUCAUCUAUUGAAUUAAAUGACGUUGCUCGUUUAAUUCAUGAUUAUAUAAAACGUGCUGAAGAAAUCAAAGAAAGUUUAAAAUCAAAACCAACACCAAGUUUACAUCUAAAGAAUACAUCAGAAAAAGGUGUUGAACGUGCACGAUAUUUAUUAACACAAGCACUUGAUCAAGAUGAACAAAAAAAAUAUGAAACUGCUUUUAAAUUUUAUCAAGAAGCUAUAACACUUUGUUUAAAUGAGAAAAAAACAAAUGAUAAUAUUAAAAUAAAAGAACAACUUGAAAAAAUUGCUUAUCAAGCUUUAGAACGUGCUGAAGAACUUAAACGUACAGAACUUAAUGUAUCAUCGCAUAUACGUUUACCAUCACCGCCGCGUGAUGAAAUUAUUCAAAAUGAAGAACAACAACCAAUGGAUAUUGAUCAAACAAAUAUAGAUAUUAUUGAUAAACGAGUUAAAUUAUCAUCACAUGAACUUGAUGUUUUACGACGUGGAUCAAAAAUAAAUGGUCGAGAUUAUGUACCAUUUUUUAAUAUUGAUUUAAAAGAACGUUUUGCAUAUCAAACACCAUUUACUGAUUCUCAUGGACCAUUAAAAUUAGCACCAAAGCAACAAUCACAUUUUGCACGUUGGGCACGACCCGAUGAAAUUAUGUC